AUGAGCGCGCGUCGUGUCGAUAUCCGAACUACUCGUAAGGCUAGGCCUGUUUCGGACUUGAACUCUCCAUCAGCAUCAUGUGAUUUGAAAAAAGUUCGAUCCCGAGUAUUUUCUGGUGCAUGUCGACCACAGAGAACUAUCAAAAAAAAAUCUCCAAGCUCGAAGCAAAAAUCGCCUAAAAACAUUGCUCUCGAUCUGAGUGUCGAUGAGAUUCCUCAAUCUGAUGAAGCUACGAAGUCCCGACGUCGCCGACUAGAUGCCAAUGAUUAUAUUCGUCGUCGGUUCUUGUAUGAUGACUCCAUCGAUAGACUUGCAAAGUCUAAACAGGCAAAUACUCAUAAACGCGCUCUAUCUCGUGAUAUGAAAUUUCGAAAUUCACCAGUUGCCCUGAUGGCUGCAUCAUCAGAAAAUCUUCAGAAGAAACGGAGGAAGUUUCACGACAGAACUUUGACGUCUAGUAGUCAGUCAUAUCGUUGCCGACGAGGAAGAAGGGCGAAAUUUCUAGUUUCGGGUCUGGUAGGCCAUGAUAAACCCUUUGGAGAUACGUCUUUAUUGGACGGUGAUAGUUCCAAUGAUGAACGGUUUUCUAUUGAAUGUGGGGACCAAAUAGAUGGAACUUAUUCGGAUCGCAAUGCACAAAUUGAACAUGAUGAGAAUUCUCACCUACUUAAGCCGCUUUUUCGAAAAGCGCAUAAAAGUACUGCGUGUAGGCACGAUGGUGACCCUUCGGAUGCUCUUCAGAAUCAUCCUGAUUACUCUUCGGGUCUUCCGGGCUUCUUUCUUAAUGAUGAUAUGAACGAUUUCACAAGGAGUCGGGGUCCCCUUGUUUUGAGUAAACGCGCUCGUCACCGUCUUGUGCCUCUGCCAUCGCCUCCAAGGAAUGAUUUUAUGAAACAAAUGACUGAAUUUCAAGAAUUCGGAUUAUCGGAUGGUGAUGAGGCCUUCAGACAUAAAGUUCAUGGGACCUUCUCCUUAGAUCAAGUUGUUCCAGCCACUGAGGCCAAUACAUCCGCAAGCGCUGAAUGGAGUGGUCACUUAGGAGAAUCUGCAGAUCCCAAUUCGGUGAAUUCGUCGAAACAAACCGCUGUUGAAAUGGAGGAUUUUGCUGGCGACCUUUUGCCCCAAAUUUCUACGGGUGUCAAUUGCCCUCCGACAUCUGGUAGUAGUCGGCGAAAGUCCCCAAUUCGUCCUAUGCAGGUUCUACGCAACGAACCCAUAUUAUAUAAUGCAGAAAACAGUGGUUCCACAGGUGUCAGCGCAACAGGAGCGAAUCUUAUCCAGCAGAAACAAUUGGUUUCUUCGUUUUCCCAACCUUCGGGCAGCGAAACCGUUAGUACUGUAGCUGCAGGUCUGGUUGAUUUGUGUGCCGCAGCGGGUCUAGAUUCGACUGCCUCAAAUCAAACAACUCAACUUUCUCAUAUCUCCGCUGAAUGCACUGACUCUGGCGAACAUCCCUCCCAAUCCAUUAUCACAAAUAUGUCUCAGUACUCACUGAUCAAUUCAAAUUUAGUUUCCCUUCAACCAGGUGGUCGAGUGUUUGUGGAGGCGGGUCCUCAAAACCCUCUUGCCGGAUACACAGUUACUCCCUCCACACCCGUUUCCCGAGUCUCUCUGAUGUCUAGCAGAUAUAACUACGGACAGCCGUACACACUUUCCAGGAUAUCCCAUCCUACCAGUGCUACCAAGUCGGCCUCUGGUGCCUCGGGUUCUGCCAAUCCUCCAUCUACUUCUAGCUCCCGCAGGCGUCCGACUAUAUUAAAGCGAGGAGUCAUCCCUACUUCCUCUUCAUCGAUUAAUCCGGUCUCUAAGGUGUCAACGGGAUAUAAUGUUCCUCGGCUCUCUCCACCAUUCAUGCGUACUGCGUUGAGGAGCGUUCAGGCCUCGUCUCUGGUCUCAGGUGCGCAACAAUCAGCACGACCUGUGACCUACACCAUCGUCUCUGCGGCUGCAUCUGGUCAACCAAACGUGAUUGCUGUUGCGCCGACUUCAGUCGAGACUAAUUCUUCAACUUCGCAGACUGCGAGUUCACGGCUCUUUGGAAUAAAACGUAAUGUCGGCACUCCUCCAGCUGCAGAAACCAGACCGGUUUCAUCGUUCUCGUCCUCAAACCUUACUCUAAUCUCCUGCUUGCCUACAUCUUCGCUGGUCUCUUCCGCUCAACAGCCCGUUAGAUAUGCUUUUGUACGAGGCGCUAGUGAUGGGAAAAAGUAUGUGCUCCUUGGUGGUAACACCAAUCUUGGUGUUACCAAUUGCAAAAGUUCACUGCAUUGUACCGAAACAGCAGAUAAGGAAGCUAGGUGUGCGAAUGGUGGGGUAUCCUGCGGUCUUGGAGAUGCAUUCUUGGGACCGGCUGUUGUCAAUACUCCUGCAUUCUACUCUCGUACUGCAUCGUCCGAUUCAGAUGUGGGCGACAGCAAUCAAAACAUGCCCCCAAAGCAGGCAACAGCAAUGGUUUCAUAA